CCUGGGGGCGGGGGCGGACCUGCAAAGCUCUCCCUCCAGAAGCCCAUCCUCUGCUUCCCCUCGCUUAGGACCCUGCGGACACCGCGUCCCGCGUCCACGCCCUCCCCUCAACCCACUUCCACCCUUCAAAAGAAGGACCGUCCCAGACACCACGUCCUAGGGCCAGAGGACCUGCCCCACGACAGCUGGUGGAGACACCCCUGACCAGAGAGACUGACAACGCGACAGGACCCGCCUCUCUGCUUCCACCUCUCAGGGACCUCCUCUGCUCUGCCGCCACUCGAAGUGCUGGGGGACCCAGCUGCCUGUCGCGCUCCUGCGGGGGGAACCCUCGGCUAGGCAGCCAGCUGGCGCCCGCGUAGAUGGCGAGGAGCCCCCAAGGCCUCCUGAUGCUGCUGCUGCUGCACUACUUGAUGGUCGCCCUGGACUAUCAUAAGGCAAAUGGAUUUUCUGCAUCAAAAGACCACCGUCAAGAAGUUACAGUGAUAGAGUACCAAGAGGCUAUUUUAGCUUGUAAAACCCCAAAGAGGACCACAUCCUCCAGACUGGAGUGGAAGAAGCUGGGGAGGGGUGUCUCCUUGGUCUACUAUCAACAGGCUCUCCAAGGUGACUUUAAAGACCGUGCUGAGAUGAUAGAUUUCAACAUACGGAUCAAAAAUGUUACAAGAAAUGACGCUGGAGAGUAUCGCUGUGAAGUCAGUGCUCCGACUGAGCAAGGCCAGAACCUGCAGGAGGAUACAGUCAUGCUAGAAGUACUGGUGGCUCCUGCUGUUCCUUCAUGUGAAGUACCCACUUCUGUUAUGAGUGGCAGUGUUGUGGAGCUACGGUGUCAAGAUAAAGAAGGAAAUCCAGCCCCUGAGUACAUAUGGUUUAAAGACGGCACGAGUUUGCUAGGGAAUCCAAAAGGCGGCAUACACAACAACAGCUCGUACACAAUGAAUACGAAAUCUGGAAUUCUGCAAUUCAACACGAUUUCCAAGAUGGACAGUGGAGAAUAUUACUGUGAGGCCCGAAACUCUGUUGGACAUCGCCGGUGUCCUGGGAAACGAAUGCAAGUAGAUGUUCUCAACAUAAAUGGCAUCAUAGCAGCUGUUGUGGUGGUGGCCUUCGUGGUUUCUGUAUGUGGCCUUAGUAUAUGCUAUGCUCAGAGAAAAGGCUACUUUUCAAAAGACACUUCCUUCCAGAAGGGGAGUCCUGCAUCUAAAGCCACGACAACGAGCGAAAAUGAUUUCAAGCACACAAAAUCCUUUAUAAUUUAAAAGAAUUCUACUUUUGAGAUGCACCAAAACCACAGUUGUCACGCACGUUAUUAAAAUAUUGUAAAACUCUGCUUUGUCUUACAUUUGCAAAGAGGUGGACGAAGAAAUGAAAGUGGGAAUUCAUCAUAAUUGUUAUGACCUCUAACUCACAAGAAGUAUUUUAAGCAAAAUGUUCUUGCCAUCACUAAAAUACAAUCUGACAUCUUGUGUCUGACCUAAAGUGAAAUGUCUGGUAAUAUUCUGACUUUUUGAAAUGCAAAUGAAUGUCAUUUUUGGAGUUGACUAUACCAUACUGACUGUAAAGCUAAUAAUCCAAGAGGCAAGAAUACACUGUAUGUGCUCUCUCCCUGCAAGAAUGGCUUAUGUGUUCAGGAAAUACUCUAACGAAUGGAAACUGUUCAAAAAAUUCCUACCAGAAUCCUCUACUUACCUCUAAAUAAUCUGGGUUCCAUUGUCCUGUGUCUCUGUAUCUCUGUAAGGGAAUCCCAGGGCUGAGUCUCACGUCUAAGGGUUUGCACUUUAUAUUUUCUUUCACUUCUCAGAACCAAAAGCAACUUGAAGGGAGCUGCUACUGCCAUUUCUUCAGAGGCUUUUGGAGAGGCUCAGUGACCUGGACAUCAGAGUGCACUACUCGAACCUACACAACUCCACAGACACCUUUCUGUGCUUGAGUGGUAACCUUUUAUCUGUCUCUAAAGGCAAUUCUGAACUGGGCUAGUUCCUCCCUGAUGAAGAUAAAGGGGUCUCAAUUUAUUUAUGAUGGAACAGGGGCAUAGGGAGAGAAGCAUUUGCCCCAAAAGUAAAAGGUAGAUGAACAAGCUCAUUUUGACUGUGACCCAGCAAAGGCACAGGAGAAACUAUGGGUGAAAUGAGACAGGGAUCUAAUGUCUUCUGAACUGGUUAUCCACAAAGGCCACCAACCAGCUAGUGUCAGAAUAUGAAAUUCCCAGGGCUCAACAGGAAAACCAGUCCUGCUGGGGACUGGCUUACAUAUAUAUAUAUAUAUAUAUAUAUAUAUAUAUAUAUAUAUAUAUAUAUAUAUAUAUAUAUAUUAAAUGUAACUGGGGAUGUCUAGUUCUGGGUAAAAAAGCACGAAAGGUCCCUUGCUCCCUUUAUCAGCUUUGAACAUGGUCAAGCUGGCUUUCUACCCAAAAGGCAAAGCAGAUUCUCAGGAUUCUCGUGAUAAGCAAACUAGCUAAGUGGUCAGUGAGUACCUGCUAGUGAUCUGGUCACUGGGGUGAUGCCCACUGCCAUACUGCUCCCUUUAACUUUGUGGCCUUGAACCCUUCCUAAUCAGUAGCCACCUUCCCAAAGGGCUGACUUCUGUAAAAUGCCUCAGCCCUCAAGGUCAGACUCAUACUUAAUCGAGCCAGCAAGCUAUACAGAACAAGACAGUAAUAAUUCAACCCACAUGGUUCUUGUUAUAACCACUCAACUCUGUCACACAGUGUAGAGUACAAGUGUGUCAGUGAUGCAGAUGGGUUGCCCACAGAUCCAAGCUCCUUGCUCCUUUCGACAAAGAAACACCUAUGGUGUACAAGAAAUCAGGAUAAAUGUUGCCUAUGCCAUGACUAUGAGAUUUGCUCUGGCAGGAGGAAUGCUAUCCUUCUGCAGUGCAGUUGCAGUAGACAUACAACUCUCAAGGACAUCUCUUUAGGCCCACAUAGUAUCACAAGACCAACUGCAUCAACUUAUAUGACACAAAUCACAUCGUGAGAUGACAAUUACGUAGUGCCUUACCUUCACUAGUAGAUGAAAAGCUUCUUUUUAAGACACUGAAGACUGAAGGUUCAUUUUGUGCAGUGUAAACAUCUAAUAAAAUCUGUGCCAAACACCUACUAUAUAUCCUUAACUACUGUAUACAGCUACGCAGAAAUCAUUGUAUAAAGAAUGCUUUCUUCUACACAAAGGACCUAACUGCACACUAAUCUUCUAGUUAUUAAGUCUAUCUGGGAGUCACUGCCAUGAAGACUUGUCUACUGUUUUCUGAGACUUGAAAUCUAACAUUGUGUCAAAAUCUAAUUAUAGUUUCUAGAACAUGUUGAUUUUAUUUUUCCACAGUCAAAGUCUAAUAAGGGUCUAGAAACUAUGAGAGAAAGUUUUGUUUUAGUAUUGCCACUGUUGUAACUAGAUUCAUCUUAUUUUUAGUCCGGAUAGGGGUUAACUUAGCUAAGCCUGGAUGUUUAUUUUUUUAAUACAACUUUACAAAGAACUUCCUUCAUUCUACAACUCACUUUGUUUGAUUAAAGUUCACACUACAAAAAUAGCUAUGCACAGCUCAACUUUUUAGUCCCAUUCAACAGAGGGGGGGAAGUCACUCACCUAUUGUUCAGUAAAACCCAGGAAACUCCUCCCUCCCUUACACCUGCAGCUGUGAGGCUGCUCUAGCAGUCUACAAUCAAAGUCUCACUUGUCUCUCAGCUUGGACACCUGCCAACCUCUAACGUCAGAGAAUAAAAGGGUCAAUUACUUAUUGGAUGUUUUGUGAUGUCAGAGGCUGAGGGUAAGGGAGUGCAAAAUCUCACUUCUCUUCCAAGACGUUAUGAAGAGGAGCCUGUUGUUUGCAGUCAACGACUGCUCGGCUUUGCAGUGCUGUUACUGGAGGAGCUGGGGUCUACUUUUCCUUCAUUUUAAAUUCUCCAGUUGUCACACCUUCUCUUCAUCCUCAGUAACUUCUGGGUCACCCACUCCACCCCCCUGGUUCCCAAACCUAUCUUUAUCAAACUUCAGCAUUUAAAAACAAAAAGAUACAAGAGAAUCUUAUACACAACCAACCCACAACCCACUUUUUUUGUUGCCUUAUUAUUCAGCAGACUGAACUGUUUGUCUUUACAAUUUACUCUGCCUUUUUGGAUACAUUUGUAAUACUUCCCCUGGACCAUUAGUCCUCAUCACAAGUUAUGGAAAUCCUAUUUACUCCUGACGGACAAGUCAAAUUCAACUCUCUGUGGGACAGCCUUCUCCCAUUUUCCAGCUGUACGUUUUGUCUCUGAAUUUCAGUGGCAUUUGAUUCUUCUGUGGUAUUUAUUGAUUUCUGUGUUAUAGUACAGGUAGGUAUGUAUAUGACAUCUUUACCAGCCUGAAAACCUGAGAAAAGACCAAUGUUGUACAGAUCUUCAUAAACCCUAAGGUAUUUAAUAGUAUCUGACAUGAAAAGUUUCUAAAAAUGCUGAAUAUCCGUGAAGCACAAAGAAUGAUUAAAUGUAAGCAUCAACUUAGAAUAUUAAUAAAACAUUGUAUUCUGAUACAACACA